AUGGAAUCAACGUUUGAAACUUUAUUCACCAAGUUCAAUGCGUUUUCCUCUUUUGGUGACCAAGCAUCAUUAGAUUCAUCAUCGCCUUCAUUUUGGUUACUGGUCAUCACCAUAAUCACUGCCGUGUAUGUGUUAAUCACUAAAUACAACAACAGUAUCAAAAGUAAAAGCCAAUCGCAUGAUGAUGAUGAGAAUAACCUCAGUUCCACCAAUAAAGAAACCUCGUCCUCUUCGGCACCACCGCCACGCGGAAAAUCGAAAUUCUAUGAUUCAUUUGAUGAAAACUACAAGAUCCACCCAGUAGAGCCCGACUUCCAAUGGAGCGAAACCAGUGCCUUGAAAUCAUAUCCAUUCAAAAAUGCCGCAUACAAACUAACCAUGUCAAUUGCAACAUUGCAUCCACAAGAUUGGUUAUUGGUUGAACCUACGUAUUUGAAUCGUCUUGAAAAUAAGAAAAAGAUUUUGAACAAUUGUCAUCCUGAUUACCCCAAGGACAAAAACACUCGUGAGUCCACCUUGUUUAUGACUGAUGAGGCUUAUACUGCCGUGGUUGAGUUUUAUGAGUUGGUGAUGAACUAUAUGUGUGACAAGUACCCAACCUGUUUUGAACGUAACAAUGAAGUUGAGAGUGAGGGUGAGAGUGAGAGCAAGAGCAAGAGCAAGGGCCAAGUCAAGAAUUUAAUUACGGGCAAGAGCUAUCCUUUACACGGUAAGGGCGUAGAUGGGUUGGUAUUGCAAGAGUACCUUACUGAAAAUAUCGAGGAAGAUUUCAUCAUUCUCCAACUCGACCCCGAGCAAGCCAAAGCAACACCCGAGGAUCCAACAUCAAGUGAGUACUUUUUCAAAGCGGGAGUGUUUGCAUUUGCCGCUGGGUUCAAUCCGUUAGAUCGGUUCAAUAAACCAUUGACGUUUAUUCACGAGCGUAUUCCGGGAUACACCGCCAAGUUGCGGACGUCAAUGAAUAAAUUUUUCAACCGUAUCCAACCGCAUCAGUUUGUAACGAGGUCCAAUUGGUCACUACAAACACAUAGCAAAUUUUACGUUGAUGAUAGUAACAAGGGACAUAAUCUACCAGCGGAUUAUAUUCAACAAGCGUUGGAUUACGAUUCGUUGGAUUUUGAAAAUGACGUGCAUUAUCGUAGUGAACGUCAAGUGUUGACACGAUUGCCCAAAUCAAAGGCUAUUGUAUUUACCAUUCGCACGUAUUUGUUACCUUUGGCCAAAGUUAAGUCGGAUGGAAUGGAAGUUAGACAACGUUUGAUUGGAGCUAUAAGAGGUUUACCUGAAGAUAUUUCGCGUUAUAAGCGAGCUGAAGAAUGGGGGCCACCAAUUAUAAAAUACUUGGAAGAAGAGGAAGAUUAA